AGGUCACCACAAGGAAGAAUUUGUAGUUAGUCAAUGGGUGUAAAAGCCCCUAAUUUGAUAUAGAUUUAAGAGUAAAAUUCAGUCUUCUUCAAUACUAAAAAUACUGAAAUUUAUAUAUUAGACAUCAAAUUUACAUCCAGUGCUCUCGUUAACAUUAGAUUGACCCUGGAAAUCUAUUUGUCAACUUAUAACUCAACUCCAAAAGACGUCAUAUUUACUCGUAAUUCGUACAAUUUUGUCCAAGUAGUCUUGUCCACGUGCACGUCGACGUGGAUUGUGAACUCGACAAUAGCAGGAAUUCAUUGAAAAUCGUCUUUUAGGACUACACACGUCAGCUAGGCACACAUUUGUCUAUAUGCAUAUGUAGUGGUGGAUGGGAGCUGCAUAUGCAGGCAUUUUACAAGGUUUAUCUUAGGAUUUAACCCUUUUUGAGUAUCCUGCCUAAAAAUGGUGCUCAUUGCUGCUGCAGUAUGUACGAAGGCAGGCAAAACAAUUAUUUCUCGGCAAUUUGUGGAGAUGACAAAAGCCCGAAUAGAAGGCUUAUUAGCUGCAUUUCCAAAACUAAUGAGUUCCGGCAAACAACACACUUUUGUCGAGACAGACUCAGUACGUUAUGUUUAUCAGCCAUUAGAGAAAUUAUACAUGUUACUCAUAACAACAAAAGCUAGUAAUAUUCUGGAGGAUCUGGAGACGUUACGUCUCUUUGCACGUGUGCUUCCAGAGUACUGUAAAUCAAUGGACGAAUUAGAAAUAGCAGAUAACGCAUUUAAUUUAAUAUUCGCAUUCGACGAAAUAGUGGCUUUGGGUUAUAGGGAAAGUGUCAACUUGGCACAAAUCAGAACAUUUGUAGAAAUGGACUCUCACGAGGAAAGAGUAUACCAGGCGGUAAGGUUCACUCAGGAACGUGAGGCGAAAAAUAAAAUGCGAGAAAAGGCGAAGGAGCUGCAGAGACAGAGAUUGGAGGCGAACAAAAAAGGUGGAAUUAAGAGUCCUGGCUUUGGUAGCGGGUACGGAAGUAAUUCUUUUCCAUCUACACCCAGCAUCGGCGAUUCAGCAAAUUAUGUUCCUGAGACAGUUAAACCAAUGCAGUACUCGUCAGUACCGAAAUCUACUUCAGCUGGUCCUGGUGCGAUGAAAUUGGGAGGAAAAUCUCGCGAUGUUGACUCGUUCGUAGACCAACUCAAGGAAGAAGGCGAAACUGUCACUAAUGCUGCUCUAACUGGAACGAAACCAGCUACCGUUUCAGCUCAGAUUAUCAACACAGAGCCGGUCCAUUUGAGACAAGAAGAAAAGCUUAACGUCCGCGUGAGCCGAGACGGUGGGGUUCAAUCAUUUGAACUUCAUGGAUUGGUGACACUACAUAUUACUGACGAGAAAUGGGGCCGUAUUCGUGUUCAACUGGAAAACAAAGACACGAGGGGUGUUCAACUCCAAACCCAUCCAAAUGUAGAUAAAGAAUUGUUUAGGAUGCAGGGGCAAAUCGGAUUGAAAAUUCCAGCAAAACCCUUUCCUCUUAACACUGACGUUGGUGUUUUGAAAUGGAGGUUACAAACCCAGGAUGAAACUGCGCUGCCAAUUUCUAUAAAUUGCUGGCCUUCUGAAAAUGGCGAUGGUGGAUGUGAUGUUAAUAUCGAGUACGAAUUGGAACAGACGGAUCUCGAAUUAAAUAACGUUCAGAUCAAUAUUCCCCUUCCCUUGGGCUGCAACCCAGUUGUCAACGAAUGCGAUGGACAGUACAAUCACGAGUCUCGAAGAAAUACACUGACUUGGUCCUUAGCAAUUGUUGAUGCGUCUACAAAAUCAGGAUCAAUGGAAUUUUCUGCUCCUUGUUCAACCCCCUCGGAUUUCUUCCCUCUGCAUAUUUCCUUCUCGUCGAAGACGUCUUAUGCGAAAAUUAAGGUCCUUGACGUAUUGCUCGUCGAAGACGAAAGUCCUGUGAAGCACUCGGUGGAUACAGUUUUCUUUACAGAGAAUUACGAAGUGGUGUGAAACAGAAGUCGAGCACUUUUUUUAUUACUGUAUUAUAAAUACCAUCACUUUGAAUUAGUUAAUUGGACAUAAGAAGUAUUAGUGUUUGAAGAUAAAUAUACUUAAUUCAAAUGUCGGGCUUGAACUGUGGCUCCUCUCUUUGUAACCUAGGCAAUAAUAUAAAUUGUAAAACACUAACACACUGAAGGCGAAGUUUUGAUCGUCUUUGGAAUAUUUUACCAUUCCUACCAUAAAGUUAUUUUAAAUUUAUUAAAAGCAUUAGUUUGUCUUUACUCUAGUGAUAUUUUUACUUAAGUUUCUUCUUAAAUGCUAUGUGAAUUAAUUCAAGAUGGCUUAAACUCUGGAAUAUUCGAUUUAACUGAACAUUUUUCGUUGCGUUGCAAGUAAAAAUGUAUUUCAGAGUACGAGUUUAUUAGCAAAUGUAGUAUGUAGGGUAGGAUCAAUUAAUUAACAAAAACACCAAGUCUUUUAACAAAAAAAUAUUUUAUUUCCCUAAUUCAUUAAUUACAUUUUCCAAUAGAUCUUUACAUAUUUUACAGAUAUUUAGGCAUACAUAUAUCACAUCUUUCAAGUGUACAAGAGUUAACAUUUUAUACAUUUGUACAAAUAUACAUGUAGAUAGCGAAAGAUGAAAGUUAUUGUGGUAUUUCAAUCUAGUUACUGUGUAGAAAAUGUUGUGAAAUUUUUGAAAUACAGAAAACUUCGAAAUGUA